CUCUCGUUCUGGGGGGAAGCCAAUGGUAGUGCUGGAGGCACGGGUAUUCUCAUUAACCCACACGGCGCGAUGAAAAAUGUGACCCCGCUAUGGCAAGAUCGGUGGUCGCCGAGGUUGACUGCAGUUCUGGGCGACCUGGCUGGUCAACGUUUCGCUCUCAUCAAUCUCUAUGCACCUAUCGACCGUACAGAGCGUGAGAAAUUCUUUGACGACGUCAUGCGAUUGCCACGACCUGCUGAUGUGCCUGUUUUUCUUGGUGGAGAUUUUAACUGCACAUUUGAUCCAGUGCUAGAUCGUACGCUACGGCGCACUACCAGCAGUCACGACUCUCCGGCGCUGCGGAUAUUGCUCAAACAGUGGGAACUAACUGAUUGUCUGCGACCGAUGAUGCCUUUGCGGGCUGAGACUGAGAGGCUGGAGUCAUUUCAACAAGCCUUUCACACAUAUCACUACAACGUUGAUGACUUUCACGUCUCCAGUCGCCUUGACCGCUGGUAUGCUUCGAUCGAGGCUCAACGCUGGGUUGCACAAGUGGAUGUACUGCCCACCGGACUAAGCGAUCAUGACGGCGUUCUAUCCCAUUUGCGUUCUCCAUCCAAUCCCAUUCGUGUCAAGAGGCCAGUGCGUGCUUAUCCAGUGCCGCCUCACGCGAAGUCACUGGUAGAUGCAUCUAUUCGGGGCGCCCUAGACUCUUUUGGAGACUGGCUUGAAGAAGGUCAAAGUGCGUCGGCGACAGCGAUAGAAUGGGACUCAUUGAAGCGGCGAAUU